CUGUCUGAUAACCGGGCAGGACGAGCUGCUUUUAAGGCUGCUGAACUCCUCUAACACUGCUUUUCACGUGGAAAAGUUACGCUUGAAUGAUGAAACGCGGGUGCCUUUUCCUUGCUGUCACCGGCUGUGUGGCGUCUGCGGACGCUGGGAUGAUACGCGAUGUCUGGCUAUCAGAAACCCCGCCAAAGGUGAAGGAAGCGAAGCAAGUCCAAGACGCUUUGACGGAACAGCAACCCUUCUUGGAUUCGUUCUCGAAGAGAGCUCCAGCCUUACCAGUGGACCUGACCGAGAAAAUUGAGACCAAAAUCCAGCACGAUGUUGAGGAGAAAAAUCGGCAAGCAGCAGCAGAUGCAGGAGCUUGUGUAGUCGAUUACUCAGCGCCAUGCCCACUGAAGUGGCAUUCGAGGGACGUUGAAGGCGGCGGCCAUUUAUGUGAAGCACCGAAGAACUACAAAGGAUUCUGUGAAACCAACAAGAGCUUCGACUUCUACACUGCCGAUGCGAAGGCAGACUGGGCAGAGAGCUGUGAGGCAGUAUGGCCGUGCCAUGGUGACGCUGCUGCAGCGUGUCCUUCUGGUCUUCGUGACUGGUCGCGACCAUGUCCUGAAGGCUUCUCACACCUGGCUGACCAAGAGGUUUGCCAAGCAAACUUGGGGCAAUACUCUGGGCCUUGCGGGUCCAGUGUCAGCUUCAAAGAUUUCACGGAAGAAGCGAAGCGCGACUGGAGCGAAAGUUGUGAUGCUGACUGGCCGUGCUUCGAGGAUUGCACAGCAACCUUUAAUGCGGUUUGCCCGGAUGGUUGGCUGCAUCUGGGAGAUUACGCAUGCGAGGCUAGUCCAGAGUAUAAAGCAACCGGCCCUUGCGACAGCACGUGGAAUUUCAAGCACUUCACUCCCGCGAUGAAAAGGAAGUUUGAAGCUCUCUGCCGCGCAAGGUUCCCGUGUCAAAACAGUUGCCCCAGGGACUACUCAGUCGGUUGUCCAAAAGGAUGGAAGGAGAUUCGUGGUGGCGUUUGCGAGGCUCCUACCGACUACACCAACUGUGGAAUCAAGACACAGUUCUUCCUGGGAAUGUCUCCAGCGGAUAAACAGGUGUUUGAGAAGGAGUGUGGCGUCGAAUGGCCCUGUGAACCGGUGGCGGCGUGUGAACUUGACUGGGAGUUUCCUUGCCCCGCAGGGUGGGAACUUAAACUGCCAGCUGGCAGCUCUUACGACGAAAUAAUCAAAACGCAAGAUUUCAAGGGAGUGGGCUGCGUUGCGCCAGCUACAACCGACAUUGGGCAAUGCAAUAACGUGGAGACGUUCGUUUCCGAAGAGGAAAAGAGGAAAUGGGCUUCACAGUGUGGUCAAGUGUGGCCCUGCAGAGAGACAUCACGGACGCCUGACUUGCAAGGUGUUUUCACGUUGUCGAAUGGAACUCUCAUGAGAAAAGGCCCCCGUAUUCCCAUUCCAAUCGCAGAUAAAAGAGAACUGGGGAAGCAAGGCCCGGUCCAUUUAGGUAGGGAUGCAGCACAGCGAGCCACACAAAAGAAUACAUUAUCGUAUGUUGCAGAGACAGGCGAAGUCAUGCCGCGACAACCGACACCCUUAUUCGAAUGGGUCGUCGGUAAAAAGGAACGUGAACCCGCUCCUGAGCCUGCUCUAACUCUGGCCUCCGUUGCUGUCAAAGAGAGGGAGGUAAUUCAUGGCGUGCACUCUCGAAUAAUAGACAGAACUGAACAACGAUACUGGCUAUUGUAGGAGAAAGCUAUUACGCCGGAGGCACAGCCCUACAUCGCCCCUCGCGGCUUCUAUGGUGGCCUCAUAGUGGGAUAUCACCUCAUAGGUUCAGAGGCGUAGCUGAUGCGUUGGACCAAAAAGCAGGCAAUUAUGGCUACCGUUCAUACUCGCUACAAAAAAUUAGCAUUUAGCAGUGAACGGUUUGUGCAAAGCAAAUGAACAGUGCAUUUUAUCGAUCUGCGUUGAAUUCAAGUUAACAACAUGUGCAGUCGACGAAGUGCUGCAGCAAAAUAUAGCAAGAACUGUACUUCAAUGCGGGCAGCACUUAAGAGUGCAAUUGGUAUUUAGAAGUUGCACAUAGGGAUAUCCUCAGGCCGCUGCAAGGUGUGAGGAGAGCAGUCGGCAAGUAGGCAAUGACACUAGCGUCUGCCAGUUAUCUCUUAGGUGGGGUCCGGACAGAAGCGAUAACAGGUGCUGGGUGACUAAUGUAGACAGAAGCGGCAACGCACAAGAAAUGCACAUAAAAGUGGUAUACGGAAGUGGAACUUGAAGAAAGCGGUAACAGCUCACGCGCGACACGUGAUCCAUUAUGUGCAUCUGAAG